AUGAGACAAUUGAUUGUGCUGAUCGCUUUCUUGGAGUGGACCAGAGCCGUCAAACGACUACCUGAUUUUAGACAGUUCAGGUAAGCGAGACGAAAAAGCUCAUAUCCUGGUCGUAUUUUAGCCCGUCAGAACACAGGGUACUUCACGAUGACGUAAGUGAAAUUUUUGAGUAAUCUUUGGGAUCUUUGGUAACUUUUUGGGGUUUUGAUUUUUAUGAUGAAAUUUUGCCCUCAAGGAGUUUUAUUAUUGUCUUGGGUUCAUGAUUUAUGGUUUUGGUCUUCAUAUAUGCAUAUCGAUUUUACGAGUUCUGACAAAAAAUUAAAGUCUUUUAAAAUUUUUGUUUUCCAAAAAACGCCCCUAUUUUGCUUAUUAUGUGUGUAUAAUUAGCUUUAUUAUUUUCCAAACUCACUUUUUCUCUUAUAUUUUUUUAUUGUAAUUGGCUUGUUUUCCACUUUUUUCAGCUUUCUCCCCCAAAAAAAAUUUUUUCUCUAUCGGCGCGAAAAUUAUGGCGACAAGAUUUUAGGUAGCUCUCGACGACGAGCUCAACUCCGCCUCAUACGGCCUACCUCCGCCAACAAGUCGAAGACAAGAGCGUCUUCCCACGUCGGUUGUAAGUUCCAAUUAUGCCGAUGAUCGGCUUGCUCCGAUUACUCGUUCGCUUUCCACGUAAUCCCUGUUCGUUGUUUUGCAGAGCAGAGACAAACAAGUUUUUGCAUAUGGCGCCGUCUCCAACAGUUUGGAUUCGAAUCCCACGCACAGUGCGAGUUCGUUUCGGGACCCGGCCGGCGGAGUGCGGGAGCCCAGUUUGCAGAAUGAGAAACAAGUUGUAACGGGCAUACCCGACCUGAGUAAGUGGCGAUUUUAUGGGUCAGGAAAAUGAGAUUUAUCAUGAAAUUGGUCAAGAACCAAAAAAUAUUAAUUUCACAAAAAUAUGUCAUCAUUCAAUUCACUUUCCAAAAAUUUUAAUUUCCCAAAAUAAUGUGAUGAUGAGAUAUGUACAUAAUUUUUUGAAAUUAAAAAAAAAUCAUUGUUAAGAAUUUUCUGUCUAAAUUCUAUUUCAUGCAAACACUAGCCUUUUUUAAAAAUAUGUCACGGUGACAUGUAUUGUCAAUUUCAAAAAAUCGGAUAUCGGAAUUUUGCAUAAAUGAUAUGACUUCUUUAGGUGACCCAUGCUUCCGCCGAUACGCAAAUAGUAUCAUUGUGAAUGCACAGCCAUAUGAACGCAGGUCCAGUAUAUCUCUAGUCCAAUGUAAAACACAAUGUUUAUUGAGCCAAGUUGGCGUCUACAGUUGCCGGUCUUUUGUCUACGACAACGUCAACCAGGUGUGCGAUCUUUUUGCUCAUGUUGGAGAUCAGAGUCCCGCGAGGUAAGCUUCUUAUGGCUCAUACAUGUGGGAUACGUAUGCAAAGUUUGAACCAAUCUGUUGAUUUUGGGUAGAGAGCUUUCUUUGCAAAUCUUUAGUGACUUUCAGAAGAGAUCGGUGUCUAUGACGUUUCAGUUCUUUAUUUACUGCUUCUUUUAGUCUAUAUAAAAAUAGCUAGGUUUUUGUUAUGCCAUUUUCAUUAUCCCAAAUACUCAAUGAAAUCAUUUUUAGGCUGCUCCGUUUCCAAACCCGCGACUAUUUCGAGCCCACAGCCGCGGUCACAUGUAAGCCUCCAGAGCAACAUGAAGAUGGCGUGGUACGGACAAAACCCGUUACUCAGAAGCCCCUCGACUUCUUUGACAGGGAAGAACGCACGACUACCUCUAUCAUUCAACCCACUACUCCCCCACCUCAACCAGAAAUACCUCUGAUUACGACCCAAGAGCCUCAGGCAAUAGCUGCAAUAUCCGAAUUGACUCCAACAGAAGCCCCGACGCCAGACGUUUUCAGUUCGGCAAAGCCUUUGGACAGUCCGCAUAAUCAUAACACUAUGGUUAACAAUUUGAUUGCAACCGAGUUGGAGAAAAAUAAGGCUUGUGAAACAGGGCAACUGGCGAGGUUUUUGAAAACAUCGGAUUUCGAGUUGCAUCAACAUGAUGACAUGAGGCUGGAGAGUGUGACGUUAGAUGAGUGUAUCGAGUUUUGCUCAAGUCCAACGGCGCUGAAAGUAAGUUUUGAUUUUCGGCUUGGAGUUUUUAACAAACAACAUAGAAAGUUUCGUAUUUUACAAAUCUUCUUUAGGACAUCAGUCCGAACGCGCCGCAGUGUAAUUCCUUUGAAUACGACAACGACGGAAUUUGUGUGUUAUCAAGAGAAACGGCUGUGCCCUUAGGCAAUGGACAGCUGAAACAAAAAGCCGGUACUGAUUAUUACGAAAGGAUAUGCAUCGAGGAGAAAUUGGCGGGGUAAGAAUUGCAUGAAUACUUGUUUUGUUUAAAAUACGCCAUUUUCAUCUCGUCGCAUAAUAUCUGACUUUACAAAUGUUGCAAAUAACGUUUUUUUGUCAUAUUACAGAGAAUGCCCAUCCUCGGUCUACAACAGAUUCCCACAAAAGAUUUUGGUGGGCUUUGCGGAGACGGUGGUGGAUGCUCCUUCGCUGCAACAUUGCUUUGAUAACUGCCUAAACAGCAGGCAGUUGUACGGAUUCAAGUGUGCCAGUGGAAUGUUUUAUUUUGAAGUAAGAAAAGAGUGCUUGAGUACUUGUGAAAAACAGUGUUGAAUUUUGAGCCACAAAUCUUAAUAGUUAAGAGUGAAGACAGAAGAUUUCGGAGGAAAAUUUUUCGAAUUCACUUUUUUUUCGAUUUUGGAGUAAAAAUUUUUUUUACUCCCAAAAAAAAAGUAAACACGAAGUUUACUCCAAGAUUUGGAAAAAAUUUUGAUUUUCGGGCGUAAACUGGGAGUUUACUCGCCGGGGCCGAGAAAUCGAAUGGCGGCGAGUAAAUCUGGAUUUUGCUCGCUUCCAAUUAUUUCCUCAGCUAUCACAGAGGCACAGAUGACCCAGGAAAACUUACGAAAAAUUUUGGCGAAUCCUGACUGGGAGCCUCCGAGUCAGGAAUCCCGCGAUUCCUGCAGUCAGGAAUGUUUUUGACUGGGCGGCCUCAAAAUCGACAUCCCAGUCACCUGAGACGAAGAAACGGGGAGAAAAAACGAAGAGAGCGAGAGAAACGCGCGCUAUUUCGUGCUCUCUCUGCCUCUCUGCGCCCUCUUUUCGUUUCCCGCUCUUUCGCUCUCUCCUUUUUUUGCGCUCUCUCGCUCUUUCUUUCGAAAAAGAGAGAGAGAGCGCGAAACGGAAAGAGGGCGCUGAGAGGCAGAGACAGCACGAAAUAGCGCGCGUUUCUCUCGUUCUCUUCGUUUUUUCUCCCUAUUUCUUCGUCCUAGUCAACAGUUAUUGACCCCUCACCCAGUCAAGAAUCGCGGGAUUCCUGAAUUGACCACAGUCAGGAAGUUUUGACUGUACGAAGAGUCAGGAACCCCGCGAAUCCUGGCUGGAGCCUCCCAGUCAGGAUUCGGCAAAAUUUUUCGAAAGUUCGGCGCGAAUUACUAACGCAAAUAAAAAAAAAUUUUUGCGCCCAUGGGUCGACUGUUCCCCGGGAGUAAACUCUGGAUUUACUCGCCGGCACCUUCGGCGAGUAAAUUCUGAGUUUACUCCAAAAAAAGGCGAAAAAAAAGUAAACUCGGAAUUCACUCCAAAAAUGGAAAUUUUGAAAGCUAUUUCGAUUCCUACUCGCCGACCCAUAAAAUUUCUCGAUUUUUACUCUCUUUUUCAAAAAAAAGUGAAUUCGAAAAAUUUUCAAAAUUUUCCUCCGAAAUCUUCUGUCUUCACUCUUAGUUCUAAUAGGAACCAACAAAUUUUUUCGUUAUAGAAGGGCUUGUACGGAAAAAAAAAUUUUUGGCACAUAUGUUACUCUUGGGACCCUUGAAAUUGUCUGAAAAAUAAUUUUUUGCUGUACAGGAUUUUUUUAUACAUAGGUUCUACUGUAUUCAUUUUCCCCGUUUUCAGGAGCCCCAACUAAACUGCAUUCUGAACACAGAAGACCGAACCACCCAACCAGACCUUUUUACCAGCGAAAAUUCCGAUCUUGUCGACUACUUUGAGACCUCCUGUAAUACAACAUCAGCGGCUUCGAGGAGAUUUGCAGCACCUCGAAGGCGAACUGGACCAUCGAAAAGAAAAGAUUUUGUGGAGAAGUUGGAGGUGGGAAGGGAAAGUCGGAUAUUGAGAUCAGCAACAUGGUCAGAAUGGAGCUCGUGUAGCGGCGAUGAGAAUGUUCAGGUCAGGAAAAAGAUUUGUGAAGGCAAACGAGUCUGUGGAACAGAUCGAAGGAAGUGUGAGAGCAGCGGAAAGGAGAUGACAAUAGGUGAGAAAGUUAGAAUUGUUUUUUUAAAUUCCGGAAGAUCAUAAGAAUUCGUGUUCAAAAAAGAAAUAUGUACUUGUACGAAAAGCAUUUUAAACCUCUAAAAGCAAAAAUUAAAAUUUUAAUUUUCAGAAUUUUUGAAAGCCUUUUUGUUUCGCCUGCCAAUGAGACAAAAUUUUGCAUUCGACUGAUCUAAAAUCUUGCGUUUUCGGGAAUUUUGAACGAAAAAUUAGAAAGUUUUUUAAUUUUCAAAACUCUAUGUUUUUUUUUGGCUAAAACAACCUUUGUACCCGAAACAUUCCCUCAAAACUGUUUAUUUGCCCGUAUGUCUUUGCAAUUUAGUCGUUUCCCCUAACGCCCCCCAAUUUUCAGCCGAAAUGGUGGAGCAGAUUCGACGGAACGGAUGCCCUCCGGAUGUUUGUUGUCCAAUUCUGGGCAAAUGCUUCGGAAUCAUCCAAAAAUCGGCGACGAAACGACUGGAAUGGUGUACAGUGGAUUGUAGAAAGUGA